AGUGUCAUUUCAAUCGCCGUGUGAUUUGAUUUCAUUGAUUAGAAACGCCGACAAAAGUGUUAUUUCUCGUAAAGUAUUGCACAUUGUGCUAUAUUGUGAUGUGUUAGAUGUGCAUCUUGUGAAAUUAGCUCGAAGUUCAUUCAUCAUUUAUUAAUUUCGGGGUGUUGGCUUGUGUGACACUUGUGUUUUUGUAAAUCCAUACUCGAAGUAUUCGCUUCGUAAAAUUCUGUUAUCGCACUCCCGCGAUGCAGUGCAGCAUCGAGAGCAACGCGACGCGUUCUUCGCCAGCGAGAGCUGGUCUCAGGGUGAAUUUCACCGACAAGGGCGAAGUCAAAGAACGUCGCGAAAAAUUCUUAACAGCCAAAUAUGGAUCUCAUCAAAUGAGCUUGAUUCGAAAAAGGCUAGCAGUAGAAAUGUGGCUGUAUGAUGAACUUCAAAAACUAUACGAACCACCGGCGGAAGCUGUAGAUGUAGAUAUAGAUGAACUUCUCGAUAUGGCCAGCGAUGAAGUUCGUAAAGCUUACCUCAAUGAACUGUUAGCCGAGUCUAAGAAACCACAGAAAGAAAUAAGCAGAUUCAUCAGCGAUCUAAUGGAUAGAGCGAAGACUUUGUAACUUUUCAUCGAUCCGUCGUUCACAAUUACUCGUUAUCAUUUCGCGUAGCGUUUAGUGCAACCGGAAAAUUAUGAAAUCCGAAAGAACGGCAACUGGAAAUCCGUUCUGGAAAACUCUUGCCAGCCACACACAUCUAGAGAUUAGUACCCUGUCUAUGUUUUGUAUAGAUAAUUAAUUUUAUUUAAUUAAGAUUAUUUUAGGAAUUUAUUCAAGAUGACGUACUCUAUUCACACAUUCUUGACAUGUUUGACGUGAUACAUAAUUUAGAUGCUUAUUGUUAUAAACAUUAUCAAUUUGAUAUCGGUA